AUAAACUUUCAUACGAAAUCACCUCUGUCUACUCCACCUACUCCGUCUACUCAAUCACUGAACAAUGUCUGGAUUUUGGGCCCCCCAUGAUAAACCAGCCAACAGGCUCGCUCGCUAUCGUGCCUUGUCUCCACUGGCAAGUGUUCAUGUUUCUCCUCUGCAGCUCGGUGCCAUGAGCAUCGGUGACAAGUGGGAGAAAUAUGGCAUGGGAAGCAUGAAUAAGGAAUCUUCAUUCAAGCUCCUGGAUGCUUUCUACGAUGCCGGAGGCAAUUUCAUUGACACGGCUAACAACUACCAAGACCAAAGCUCCGAAGAGUUCAUUGGAGAAUGGGCAGAACAGCGCGGAAUACGUGACCAACUCGUGAUCGCAACAAAAUAUACCACAAACUUUCAACGUGGAAACAGCAAAGUCAAGCAACAAGCCAUGUACACGGGAAAUAGCUUCAAGGCAAUGCAUAUCAGUGUCGAGGCCAGCUUGAAGAAGCUCAGGACUUCCUAUAUCGAUAUUCUCUAUGUCCAUUGGUGGGAUUACGACACCUCAGUGGAAGAGGUAAUGGACGGCCUUCACACUUUUGUACAGCAAGGGAAGGUGCUAUACCUUGGCAUUUCCGACACUCCGGCCUGGAUAGUAUCCAAAGCCAAUCAGUACGCUCGCGAUCACGGGAAGUCACCCUUCGUGAUCUACCAGGGUGCAUGGAACGUGAUGGAACGAUCCUUCGAGCGCGACAUCAUCCCUAUGGCCCGCUCUGAAGGCCUUGCUUUGGCUCCAUGGAACGUCAUUGCUGCAGGUAAAUUCCGAACCGACGAAGAGGAAGAACGUCGCCGACAGACCGGUGAAAAGGGUCGCACACUCAUCAACCCGAACUGGGAGCGCAAUGAAAAUGAGAAGAAAAUGUCAAAAGCUUUGGAAAAAGUGGCUCAGGAAGUCGGUGCGAAGCAUAUCACUGCCGUUGCUAUCGCAUAUGUUAUGCAAAAGACGCCUUACGUUUUCCCGAUCAUUGGCGGAAGGAAGAUCGAGCAACUGGAAGCAAACAUCGAGGCACUUGAGAUUUCACUUUCACCCGACCAGAUUGCUUACUUGGAAAGCAUCCUCCCAUUCGAUCCCGGCUUCCCUAACACCUUUAUCGGAGACGGUACUCACCACGGCUUUGCCUUACUGUCAGCUGCAUAUUUGGAGAAGCAGCCUUUGCUCCAGGCCAUUCGUCCUGAGAAAGCAUGAGCUAUCUGCAGAUUCUCUCUUCCUUGCAUCAAUGGGAACUUUCGCCACUGGGGGCAGUUGGGAUAACGUGGAGGAGGCCUAUUUCCAACGAGGUCCACGUUGUCUGCGACUGUAUGUAUCCAAUCCACAAUGUAUGCACCUGCAAAUAGAUCAUGUUAUCGCUAUCGCAAAUGCUUGUUGCAAACGUUGAUCUGCU